AUGGUAUCAAUUCUUCCCUAGGAUUCCAGCAGGGAACUGCGCUCACUGACACCCGCCCCCCACAGCUGGAGGUGCUGAACUCCACGUGGACACGCCUCCCUGAUACCACCCCUCCUGCAGGGAACAACAUGGCAGCCCAGAACAGAACCAUUAGCUUUGCACCUGGCUUGAAUCCACCUCAAGACCAUGCCUCCUCCCUCCCCUUCAACUUCAGUUAUGGUGAUUACGACCUCCCCCUGGAUGAGGAUGAGGAUAUGACCAAGACACAGACCUUCUUUGCAGCCAAGAUUGUCAUUGGCGUGGCCCUGGCAGGCAUCAUGCUAGUCUGUGGCGUCGGCAACUUUGUCUUCAUUGCUGCCCUCGCCCGCUACAAGAAGCUACGCAACCUUACCAACCUCCUCAUUGCUAACUUGGCCAUCUCAGACUUCCUGGUGGCGAUCGUCUGCUGCCCCUUUGAGAUGGACUAUUACGUGGUACGGCAGCUUUCCUGGGAGCACGGCCAUGCGCUUUGCACCUCUGUCAACUACCUUCGUACGGUCUCGCUGUAUGUCUCCACCAAUGCUCUGCUGGCCAUCGCUAUUGACAGAUACCUGGCCAUUGUCCACCCCUUGAAGCCGCGGAUGAAUUAUCAGACUGCCUGGUUCCUGAUCGCUUUGGUCUGGAUGGUCUCCAUCCUCAUCGCGAUCCCGUCUGCCUACUUCACCACCGAAACCAUCCUCGUUGUUGUCAAGAACCAGGAAAAGAUCUUCUGCGGCCAGAUCUGGCCGGUGGACCAGCAGCUCUACUACAAAUCCUACUUCCUCUUCGUCUUCGGCCUCGAGUUCGUGGGCCCGGUUGUCACCAUGACCCUGUGCUAUGCCAGGAUCUCGCAGGAGCUCUGGUUCAAAGCCGUACCUGGCUUCCAGACGGAGCAGAUCCGCAAGCGGCUGCGCUGCCGCCGCAAGACCGUGCUGCUACUCAUGGGCAUCCUCACGGCCUAUGUGCUGUGCUGGGCGCCUUUCUAUGGCUUUACUAUCGUGCGAGACUUCUUCCCCACUGUGUUUGUGAAGGAGAAGCACUACCUCACGGCCUUCUACGUCGUUGAGUGCAUCGCCAUGAGCAACAGCAUGAUCAACACCGUGUGCUUUGUGACGGUCAAGAAUAACACCAUGAAGUACUUCAAGAAGAUGCUGCUGCUGCACUGGCGGCCCUCUCCCUAUGGCAGCAAGUCCAGCGCUGACCUUGACCUCAAAACCAGUGGGGUGCCGGCCACAGAAGAGGUGGAUUGUAUCAGGCUGAAGUAG